UAGUGAAGGAAGGAACGAAGAGGGAAUCAGUCAGUCGGUAGUAGAGUUGCGCCGCGCUCGCACGUUGCCCCAGCGAGCGCCUUAGCUAGACAGCCAGCCUGCGUGCGUGAGUUGCGAAGUUCAAAUUCGGUCAAAUGAGUGUGACACCCUCGGCCCGCGCAUGGACACCUGCGAAAUGCACAAAUAGCGGCCUCGGGACCACUCUACCGGACGAUCGCGAGUGAAAUUUCGUCUCAACCGCCCUCCAAUUGAUCGUAAUCAGCGCGGUACCACCACAGGUCGCCAACAUUUCCCCAUCCAGGAGGAUCGUGUUUUUUUCGUCCGCGUGCUUGUGUGUGUUGAUUUUUGUAAUAAUGUGCGUUCGGUUCUAUUCCUGGCUGAUGGUGGCGUUGGCACUCAUGAUGUCUUCAGGACAGGCUGAAGACGUAUCUGGGUUGAGUACUAACAAGGUGGUCACGGAUCCUCUCGACUUUAGUCCCGUUUUCAAUGAAAACACAUUGCUAAGGAGCCAGUUCGAUCCUGAUUAUAGUCUAGGAAUGCGCCGUGUUAAUCUGACUGACCGGAGAGUAACCUGCAAUGACGGGUCGCCUGCAGGCUACUACAUCAGAAAAACUCCAGGGAGCAGAAGAUGGAUCAUAUUCCUGGAAGGUGGCUAUUAUUGCUCCGAUUAUGCCUCUUGUGUUUACCGGUGGGAGAAGUCACCAUACCUCAUGAGCUCGAAAAAUUGGACUGAUAUUCGGCAUGUUGGAGGAAUAUUGUCGCCAAACUCGGACGAGAAUCCCUACUGGUGGAAUUCCAAUCACGUGUUGGUUCCCUACUGCUCAAGUGAUUCGUGGAGUGGCGCUACAGGUCCUGAUCCUGGCGCUUCGGGUUAUCCUUGGAAGUUGCGCUUUAACUUCACUUCAGAUAACUUCUCCAGAUUAUCCUUCAUGGGUUCCUACAUAGUCAGUCAGGUGGUCAGCGACCUCCUUCCUCGGGGGCUCACUAGCGGAACCAAACUCAUUUUGGCAGGCAGCAGUGCCGGCGGGAUUGGAGUCAUGCUUAAUUUGGACAGAGUGGCAGAUUUUCUGCGCGAAUCCGCUCCAAGACUGGAUGUGAGGGGCCUGUCUGACUCAGGAUGGUUCAUCGACAGGGCCCCCUUCCCCAACUCACCCGAUUCAGAGUGCAGGGAACAGGGAACAUGCAAGGCCGGCCCAGCCACAAUGGUCAUUCAAAGAGCGAUGAACUUCUGGGAUGCCCAAGUGCCAGAAAACUGUGCCCUUCAACACCCACACGAAAAAUGGAGGUGCUUCUUUGGCCAGUCUGUCUACCCAUCGAUAAAAACGCCACUAUUUAUUUUCCAGUGGCUCUUUGACGAGGUUCAAAUUGCUGCUGAUAAUGUCGGACCUCCUACCACAAGGAAGCAAUGGAAUUACAUCUAUGCGAUGGGGCAAAGCCUCCGCAAAUCGAUGCAAAAUGUCACGUCUUUCUUUGUGCCACCGUGCAUUUCUCACACUGUUCUCACAUCCAAAGAUUGGAGACACGUGCAAAUCAACAUGCACAGUCUGCCAGAGGUUCUAGCUUGUUGGGAAUUGCAACUGACGGAUAAGGUCGCCAACAAGCACUUAUUCAGCCCCCUGAAAAACAAGCAUCAACCCAGGCACAGACAUGGCGUCCCCCGCAACUCAACCUUGCUGUCGUACAUGUUGGCUGACCAACCAGCGGAAACUAGGAAGAUUGUGACUAGGACCAACGUAGAUCUUUCCAAUAGGCGUAUCAAGGGAAAAAAGAAUCGGUGCAAGCGGAAUCGAAAAAACAAGGAAAAAGAUGAGCAGGACGGAAACGGGAACGGUCGAAAAGGCGAAAGACGGUGUCAAAACAAGAAUAAGAAAAAUAGGGACAAUAAACGUGACAAGCUCAAUCAACGAAAUAAUGGAGGAAAAAAGAGAAAGGACCAAGGCAAGAAUAGCAAGCGAGACCUUAACUACAAUAACAGACGAGGACACAGGUCGCUGAAUGGUCAAUGCAAGUUUCGAGAUUUCCAGAGCUGCAGCUGGCCCCAGUGCAGUCUCACAUGUCCAAAGUUGUACAACCCGUACACAGGAGAAGGGAUUGAUUUUCUCGAUCUGCUAAAGUCAUUCGGCAUGAGUAUGGACACCAUGCUCAAUGCGUUUGGAGUCGACGAGGACACCCUUCAUAAUAUGGAACACAAAGACCUUCUCAACAUGUUGACCCAAAAGGAAAAAUGAGAUGCCAUAGUUGAUUGUUGUCCACCAAAUUAAAUGAAGUACUUAAAAGUCGUCGAAAAAAACUGGUAAAUUAGUCAUACGAAAUUUAGGAUAUUUCAUUGUAUACUCAAAAUUACAUUAAAAAUACUCACUAGGCAAUGCGCAUAUCUAGGCCAGGACAUUAGGUAUAAUUUUUGUAGAAAUGAGAAACAUCUUGUUCUCUGCAGUCGUAAACAUUAGGGCAGCUGUUUCAGUUUUAUAUUAUUUAAACAACCAAAGGUGUGAUUAUUAUUUAUUCAUCUUCUAUUCUCUAGAAAUAUGGAAUUUCAUUUAUUUUUGUAUAAAAUUCAAUCUUUUUAAUUUUAGAAGCGAGUCCCUGAAAAAUGUGAUACAUCAACUCGAGGAAAAUUAUGGCAGGGCUCUCAUUUUUAUAUCGCAGAUAUCUGGUGUAGUUUUAAACAACAGCGCUAAUUUAUGUCCAAUGAUUGAAGCUGUAAGCCGUAUUUAACAUAAUUUUAAGAAUUUCAUCACCUACCUCCAUGUGUAAUCUUUGAGGGAUUAUGCAUCUCAGAGAAGUACAAAAGCUGUUGCAACCCACACAUUUAAUUUGUAAUGUAUAUGUAAAGUGUGUCUGUAACACAGUGCGAGUUACAAUUUCGAUACUGUGCGUGUGUGCAUUGUUUAGUUUCAAGUUAAAAAUAACUUACGACGAUGAAAAAAUAUAUAUUUGAAAAUCACAAGAUGUUCAAUUAUUUCCAAAUUCCAUUCUAUAUAUCAAUUGAUCAAUAAUUGAAGAUACUAGCUGUCACCAAUUCUUAACUGAGAAGAGAUCAAAAUCAAAGAUGUAAUGAAUCAGCACACCACAA